CAAGACACCUUUUAAACCUAUUGACAGUCCCAAGGCACCCUUUAAAAUUAUGGACAGUCUUGAGGCACCCCAUUCUAAAAUAGGACAAUCCAGGCACCCUUUAAAAUUAUGGACAGUCCCAAGGCACCCUUUAAAAUUAUGCACAGUCCCGAGACACCCUUGAAAAUUAUGGACAGUCCUGAGGCACCCUUGAAAAUGAUGGACAGUCCCGAGGCACCCUUGAAAAUGAUGGACAUUCCCGAGGCACCCUUGAAAAUGAUGGAUAUCCCGAGGCACCCUUUAAAAUUAUGGACAGUCCCGAGACACCCUUGAAAAUGAUGGACAGUCACGAGGCACCCUUGAAAAUGAUGGACAUUCCCGAGGCACCCUUUAAAAUUAUGGACAGUCCCGAAGCAACAUUUAAAAUUAUGGACAGUCUUGAGGCACCCCAUUCUAAAAU